AUGACUGGUGGCCCCCGAGAAGCGGACCUGCUGUUUGACGUGCUCGGAGAGCCUGCAGCUCCGCCCCUGAAUGCUGUGCUGCAGCCCAACGCACAAAACCCCACAGCGUGGCAACCGUUGCGCAAUGCCCCGUCAGGGCCUUCAACUGACGCAGGUGGAGAGGGGUGGAUCUCGGAUGCAUCGACGACCGCAUGCUCUCAGCAUAUCCAGCAAGUAGUUCGACAGGCGGUGCUUAAUCCUUUGCGCAGCUCACCCUCUCAAAUUGACGGCAGCGAAUCACAUGAAGCAAAGCGCCGCGAGAGUGUCGCGCCGCCUUCGCAGACGGAAUUGUCGUCGCAGUACAAGGUGAUAAUGGUGGACGCGCUAGGGAUGCCAGUGGAUUUGCCAAGAGGUGCGCCACAGAGCUUUGAGGACCUGCUUCAGCUCUCGCCGUCGAUCCUGCAGACACAGCUGCAGAAGCUGAUGGAGCGCAAGCACUACCGCACCCUCACCCCUGUGCAGGCCGCCGCCAUGCCGUUUAUGCUGGAGUACCGUGAUCUGCUCUGUAUAGCGCCAACUGCGACUGGCAAGACCCUCUGCUAUGUCUACACAGCUCUCCUGCACCUCCUGCUAAAAGACAUGGGCGAUCGACCAACCGCGGCCGCAACAACGACCGCGGGCAACGAGAACAGCGCUGUGAGUCUGAACCGGCGGCAAGUGGAAACCUUUCUGCAGGAAAAAAUCGACAAAGGGGAAGUCUGCCCCUAUUGCGAGCUGAGCAUCAGCGAGGUGCGCGUGUGCCCGAUGACAGGCUUUCCGCACCCAUCUGUGUCUGAGCUCGAGACCAGCCUCGCUCUUCGAUCAAAGGAGCGCCGUGCGAUGCGGCUGGAAGAGCUACAAUCCUCUGUCGCGGAGCCGCGCGUCCUGGUGCUGGUGCCGAAUAGUCAGUUAGCCUCUCAGGUCGCUGCCGUGUUCCGCUCUCUUCAUUGCGACUACAGGAUCCACUGCAUAGUACGCGCCUCCAGCGCAGAGGAACAGCGCAAGUACCUGCAAGCGCUGGAGGGCGGCGUCGACGUGCUCGUUGCCUCCCCAGAAACCAUACUGCCAGCGCUAUACAAGCAUAAACUGUCCUUGAGGCGAGUGCAGACAGUGGUGAUGGAUGAGGUGGACGACAUCGUCUCUGUGAAUCACUUCGAGCCCAUGAAGAUCAUCCUUGGAGCGCUCCCAAAGGGCGUUCUACGGCCGCAGCGACUUCUGCUGGGUGCCUCGCUUCCACCUGUUGCCUAUGGAAUGAUCAAGACAAAGAUGCUGCUUCCAUCUCACAGAUUUGUGCUCGUCGACCUCAAAACCCAGGCAGAGCAAAGCCGUGCUGCGCAUUCUACUUUAGCAUCGUCAUCGUUGUCGUCCUCCUCUCCCCACCAGCCAAACCCAGGGGAGAACGGUGAUGACCCUGCAGCUGCCUUGUCCGCCACCGUGACGGGUGGCCUCCUGACCGCGCGCACGAAUCUGCGCCACCUUGUGUUUAUGGUGGGGCGCGCCGAGAAGGUGCAGAAGCUGGCGUGGCUGUACGAGACCGGGAAGCUCAACCCAGACCAGCGUACCCUCAUUUUCUGCAACACACGCCACAACGUCGCCUACGUGUGCGAUAAGAUGAAGGCAUUAGUUUCGCAGGUGAACUUUACCACGCUGACCUCGCACGCCUCGUCGACGGCGCGGGAAGGCGUACUGAAGAUGUUCCGAACAGGGGUGUCGACUGCCCUUAUCUGUACAGACCUGCUGAGUCGCGGAAUUGACUUCCAGGGCGUGGUCUACGUCGUGCACUACGACAUGCCAGCGGACAUGGAAACCUGGACGCACCGGUGCGGCCGUUGCGGUCGUGGAGACUCGUUGCGGGGCAGAGGGUACACAUAUACCUUUUUUCAGCCAGAGAACAUCAAGCUGGCAAAGCCACUGGUUGGAUAUCUCCGCCAGCAUCAACAGCUGGUGCCACCGAAGCUGCGCGAGUACGCGAAGCAGUCUUUCAUUGACCUGUUCAACAACUCGCUCUUCCACCAUCCGACGCGGCCAUACCGCAAGGAUGAUCCACAGAAUAGCACACCGGUUCUCGGCAGAGGAACGCGACGCUUCCCUGACUACAAGCAGGGUACCAUUCACAAACACUUCCGGCCACAGUGA